UCCACAGUUUCAAUUCCUUCAUAGCCGUUGGAGUGGUUUCUACCCCAACGACUGCUCCAAACUCCCACUCACAGCCUCCAACGAGUUCCAAGACCCCGCUCUUGGCGGUUCUCCGAGGCGUUCUUCUCCUUCUCUCUCCAUUCUUGGCUUCUCUCUGGCCCUGGGCGCGAUGGGGGCGAUGGGAGAUACCGUGGCCCAGGCCGUGAUUCCCGCUGCCGCGGUGAUUGGAGUCGUUUUUGCUCUGUUUCAGUGGUUCCUGGUGUCGAGGAUCAGAGUCUCCGGCGGUUCGGAUGAGAACAACCGGUGUGAUGACAAGCUCAUGGAGGAGGAGGCGGAGGAGGGCGUCGACGGCCCCGCCGUCGUCGCCAAAUGCGCCGAGAUACAGAAUGCUAUCUCCAUUGGAGCAACCUCAUUUCUGUUCACUCAGUACAAAUAUCUUGGCAUUUUCAUGGUUAUUUUUGGUGCAAUUAUCUUUCUUUUCCUGGGAUCUGUGAAGAGUUUCAGCACAGAGAGUGAGCCUUGCACUUAUACCAAGGACAAAUUUUGUAAGCCAGCACUGGCAAAUGCUGUUUUUAGUACAGUAGCUUUUCUGCUGGGUGCACUCACCUCUAUCCUUUCGGGUUUUCUUGGAAUGAAGAUUGCAACUUUUGCUAAUGCCAGAACAACUCUGGAAGCAAGAAAAGGUGUUGGAAAGGCUUUUGUUACUGCAUUCAGGUCUGGUGCUGUGAUGGGUUUCCUUCUUGCUGCCAAUGGUCUAUUGGUUCUCUAUAUUUCCAUCAAUAUAUUCAGACGUUACUAUGGAGAUGAUUGGGAGGGUCUUUAUGAGUCAAUUACUGGCUAUGGUCUUGGUGGUUCUUCAGUGGCACUUUUUGGAAGAGUCGGAGGUGGUAUAUAUACAAAAGCAGCAGAUGUUGGCGCUGAUCUUGUUGGGAAAGUUGAAAGAAAUAUUCCUGAAGAUGACCCUCGAAAUCCUGCAGUUAUUGCUGAUAAUGUUGGUGAUAACGUUGGAGAUAUUGCUGGAAUGGGCUCUGAUUUGUUCGGAUCCUAUGCUGAAUCUUCUUGUGCAGCAUUGUUUGUUGCUUCAAUUUCUUCAUUUGGAAUCAAUCAUGACUUCUUGGCAAUGUCAUAUCCUCUGAUUAUAAGCUCAAUGGGGAUUGUAGUUUGCUUAAUCACUACGCUUUUUGCCACUAACUUUUUUGAGAUUAAAAGUGUUAAAGAGAUUGAACCUUCAUUGAAGCGGCAAAUUCUGAUCUCCACGAUCCUGAUGACUGUGGGUAUUGCCACUGUUAGCAUUGUUGCCCUGCCAGCUAAUUUCACUCUUUUUAAUUUUGGAAGUGAGAAGUCUGUAAAAAACUGGCACCUUUUUUUCUGUGUUUCAAUUGGGUUGUGGACCGGGCUUGUUAUUGGAUACACUACAGAGUACUAUACAAGUAAUGCAUAUAGCCCGGUGCAAGAUGUUGCAGAUUCUUGCAGGACAGGUGCAGCAACCAAUGUCAUUUUUGGACUGGCUUUGGGGUAUAAAUCUGUUAUAAUUCCUAUAUUUGCUAUUGGUGUGGCCAUUUAUGUGAGCUUCAGCUUGGCUGCUAUGUAUGGAAUCGCCAUGGCUGCAUUGGGAAUGCUCAGCACAAUUUCUACAGGGCUUGCAAUUGAUGCUUAUGGACCCAUAAGUGAUAAUGCUGGUGGAAUUGCUGAGAUGGCAGGAAUGAGCUACAAAAUCCGGGAAAGAACAGACGCUCUUGAUGCUGCUGGUAAUACCACUGCUGCCAUUGGAAAGGGGUUUGCUAUUGGUUCAGCAGCUCUUGUCUCUCUUGCAUUAUUUGGUGCCUUUGUGAGCAGGACUGGGAUCAAAACUGUUGAUGUAUUGACUCCAAAGGUUUUCAUUGGACUGAUAGUGGGUGCCAUGCUUCCAUACUGGUUUUCUGCCAUGACCAUGAAGAGUGUUGGUAGCGCAGCUCUGAAAAUGGUGGAAGAAGUUCGCAGGCAAUUCAGCACAAUUCCUGGCCUUAUGGAUGGAAGGACAAAGCCAGAUUAUGCAACCUGUGUCAAGAUUUCCACAGAUGCUUCACUAAAAGAGAUGAUUCCACCUGGUACUCUUGUUAUGGUUACUCCCCUGAUUGCUGGAACUUUCUUUGGGGUUGAAACUCUUGCUGGGGUUCUUGCUGGUUCACUAGUUUCUGGUGUGCAGGUUGCUAUCUCAGCUUCCAACACUGGUGGUGCUUGGGAUAACGCAAAGAAAUAUAUUGAGGCAGGUGCCUCUGAACAUGCAAGGUCACUAGGUCCAAAGGGAUCUGAUCCUCACAAGGCUGCCGUGAUCGGCGACACAAUUGGCGACCCCCUUAAGGACACAUCUGGUCCAUCCAUAAACAUCCUGAUUAAGCUUAUGGCUGUCGAGUCGUUGGUGUUCGCUCCCUUUUUUGCAACCCAUGGGGGAUUGCUUUUCAAGUGGUUUUGAUAUACAAGGAUUCUCUUUAAUUCAAGAAGCAAACUUGUUGCAUAGUUUCAGAGUUGUAUGUUUGAUUCUGCUGUCUUAAAAGAAACUGGUCUAGAGGCCAUCAGGUAUCAUAAUAUAGAUGAUAUAAAUUUAUGGCCUCCUACAUUUCUUCUAAACUGCAUCGAGCUUUCAUGUUA